GAGCGGCGUCGUUGUUGGUGCUACUUUCUAACUACAUAGUCACUGUUUUGCGCAUGAAGUUUGUAGACAUGGUAUUAUCACCGUUCCUAUACCAACAAUAAUAAUUAGAUAUACCCGCCAGUUAGAUAUAGCGAGCAUCUCUGCCACAGCAGGUGAAUCCGUGUUUUCCUACGACGCAGAACGCACUGGGAAAUAAUAUCAACUUGUGUGACCAUAAUUUCAAGCACGUGCUGCAGCGUAAACUGCAUCCCCGCAAUGCUUUCCAACGAUGACCUGCCCAACGUAGUCACGUGGUCCCCGGCGGACCUUAUAGAGGGACGCAACUGCAAUGACGAGCUGGCCGUUGUGUUGCUGAACCGACCGAUACUGUUGCAUAAGGACUACUUUAGAACAAUUUGGAACACUGCCAAAGUAAGGGUCACGGUCGAUGGAGGUACGAAUCGAUGGGUGGAUUUUGUGAAAGAGCACAUUGGACCCGAAGAACAGCUGAAAGCGCCGGAUCUGGUGACAGGAGACUUUGACUCGUGUACUGAUGAAUCCAUGUCCUACGUUACGCGACUGAACUGUAGGAUCAUAAAAACUCCGGAUCAGAAUGCAACCGACUUCACCAAAUCUCUGAUGACCCUCCAGAGCACAGGUUAUGCCAACAAAAUUAGCCGCGUGCUAGUCCUGUGCGAAAGUUCCGGCCGGUUGGAUCAGAUCAUGGCCAACAUCAACACCCUGUUCCUAGCGGGGAAAAUCCUGCCCAAAACGCCGGUAUUCCUGCGAUCCAGCAACUCGCUCAGCUGGCUGCUGCCAGCGGGAAACCAUCUCAUCGCCAUUCCGCCUCGGUUGGUACACGAGCACAUCUGGUGCUCGCUGAUACCGGUUGGGCAUCGAGCCGUCUGCAGUACCAGCGGUCUCCGCUGGAAUCUGGACAACCGGGUCACGGAGUUUGGCAGCUUGGUAAGCACGUCGAAUACCUACGCAGAAGAAGAGGUCGAAAUCAAGACUGAUGGCCCCCUUCUCUGGUGCAUGGGGACGUCCCCGAAAGAUAUGUGAUAGUUUCAGGACGUGUUUCAGGGUGAACCAAGUUCAAUGUUAUCUUAAAUCGACUAGUAUUUGCCUUACUGUUAAAAAUCCUUGCGUUUAGAACGUGGCUUGCCUGCCUGUUGGAGGAGGUUUUCUGGUGCUAGAGUCAUGGCCGUAGGUACUUUGUUUCUCUUAAAUUAAAAUGUUCGUUAUUAUUGAAAAGGAUAAUAAGAAGUACAGAAUAAAAUAAAUAAAACAUACUCGCGCUUAGUAUCAUACGGGCGUAUCUACAAUGAUCGAUUUCUCUUCAUCGAUUUUCUGUUUGGUUAAUAACUUGGCCAACAAAUCAUUUUCGAUUGUUUUUGUUGUUUUAGAUGCUAGUCCCAGUUGUCCUUUACUGAAACACACCGAGAGAUCAUCCGAACAUUGAUCGUAUUUCGCGGAAUUAUCCGAAGAGAAAAUCGAUGAAGAGAAAUCGAUCAUUGUAGAUACGCCUGUAUGAUACUAAACGCGAGAUAUUAGUGGACAACAAUUAUUUAA